UCUUCAGCCUGGCCUGGCAGAACACGCUCAGGGAGAUGGUCAGGAAGCUGAGGAGCUGCUGCAGAAAAAGCAGCGCCUGUCGCUGGCCCCCUCGGACGGGACGUGUGUGGCCGCUCGCACCCGCCCCGUCCUGAGCUGCAAGAAGCGGCGCCUCGUUCGACCCAGCACCAUCAUGCCCCUCUCCAAAAAGGCCCACCGGAGCAGCCUGGCACGCUGCAGCUGCGACGUGAACCCCUCGUGUGCCCUGUGUGGCACCCGCAGCCCCAGCAGCCUGGAGAUCCAGUACGAUGCCCCUUUGCUGGAGCGCCUGGCGCAGCUGGAUUCCUGCAUCCAUCCUGUCCUGUCAUUCCCAGAUGAUGUGCCGACGAGCCUGCACUUCCAGAGCAUGCUGAAAUCCCAGUGGCAGAACAAACCCUACGAGAAAACUAAACCUCCCAAAAAGCUGUCGCUGAAGCACAGAGCCCCCGUGCCCCCCAGCCUGGCUGACCCCGCGCGCAAGGACCGCCACAAGCUGGUCAACUCCUUCUUCACUGCAGCCAAGCGCUCACAUCAAAAAGCCCAAGCAGACAAGGCACACAGGCCGCCUUUAGACGAUUUUUCGGCCGUGUCCAAGGCCGAGAGAGCGCCAGAGCGCUCUGCCCAGCCUCCUGCCUUUGACAAAAAGCGAUUGCGAGACUGCUCAUCUGAGAGGAGUGAAGUGUUGAAGCAUCACACGGAYGUCGGUGGCCCGAGCUACCUGUCAGCAGCUGUGACCCCCACCCCUCACAGCCCCAUAGCUCGGCAGCUCUCCACCUCCUCCGAGGGCUCCACUCCCACCAGCUCCGCGUCCCAGGGCACCUCUGGCAGUGCUCAGCCGAGGAGGAGGAGGGGCGAGAGCUCCUUUGACAUCAACAACAUCGUCAUCCCCAUGUCGGUGGCGGCCACGACGCGCGUGGAGAAGCUGCAGUACAAGGAGAUCCUCACCCCCAGCUGGCGUGAAGUUGAUAUCAGUGCUCUGAAAGCCAACCCUGAGGAGGACAAYGAGGAGAUUGAGGACCUGUCAGACUCAGCGUUCGCCGCUCGGCACGGGAAGUGUGAGGAGAUGGAGCGGGCGCGGUGGCUCUGGAGCACGAGUGUCCCCCCGCAGCGCCGGGGCAGCAGGUCCUACAGAUCGACAGACGGCCGGACAACCCCRCAGCUGGGGAACCCCUCAACUCCCCAGCCAGCAUCCCCUGAGGUGGGCAACUACCACUCCCACUUGGAGCUGUCCCACACUCACUCACCACGCAGCCCCAUCAGCCCUGAACUGCUUUGUGCCCCCCUGACCUCCCUGUCCCGGGACUCCCUGCGGCUCCUGUCCAGCGAGGACACGCGUUGCUCCACGCCCGAGGCCGGCCUGGACGAGCAGGCCGUGCAGCCCUGGGAGCGCCGCACCUUCCCGCUCUCCUACGACCCCCGGACGGAGUGCGAGGACCAAUCCGACCCCCAGGACCGGUUGUCGCGCUGCACCCGCCGCACGUCGGGCAGUAAAUCCUCCCGGGAAUGCGAUGGCACUUCGGCUUCGCCCAGCCUGGCCAGCCUCAAGAGCCGAACCCCGCUGGCCCCCCCUUCCUCCUCCUCUUCCUCCUCUUCUUCUUCCUCCUCCUCCUCCUCCUCCUCCUGCUCCGCAGUCCUGCGGCCAGCGCACAGAUAGAGACACACGGGGAGACAUGAGCAAACCAACACACAGAACUAACUCUUGGCAUUAAAGCUUCCAAAAUCUGCGUUUGAUAUUCAAACAUCCUGCCGGGAAUUUUCACAGUUUUUAGUGAAUUUAAGGAGUUUAGAAACUGU